CGUGUUAGCCUGAAGAUGUGCACCAGCAAUCUGAGUUGCCCGGAGCAAAAGUCCACAAUUAUUAGUGCCACGCCCAGCAGCGUCCGCCUGCGUUGGUUGUGCAUCUGUGGACUGGUCAUCUCUAUAUAUUCAUUAUAUGUGAAAAUUCAACUGGACUACGAUGAAAACUACACGGCCAUGUGCGACCUGGCGGAACAGGUCAGCUGCACAGCUGUAUUUAAAUCCGACUAUGGUCGUGGCUUUGGUUUGACACAGCUAAUAUUUGGUUCAUCCUCCACCUAUUUGAAUCCGCCCAACGGUUCCAUUGGCAUUGUUUUCUAUGUGCUGCUCUUUCUUUCCUCUUUUUAUGAGCGUCGUUGGAUUUGCCAGCUGCAACUCAUGGCUGCCAUUGUCACCCUCUUGUUGUGCUUCUACCUUGGAGGCCUGUUGCUCCUGGUGCUCUACGAUUGCUGCAUCGUCUGUGUGCUCAUCUAUGCUGUCCACACGCUGCUCCUCAUUGAUGUCUAUGAUCGCUACAAACGCAUCUAUGCCACCAAAUCAGCCACCGAAUAAAUAAAUUAUAAAUAUAAGUGUUUAAUUGUA